AUGGUCCUAUUAAAUGGAAAAUUCAAAUAUAUCGCGGUUGUAGCGAUAUUUUACAAUCUUAUUAUUUUAUUAGUUAAGGAAAAGUUUCCUUAUAUGUGCACCCAACAAAAAUCCCAUACUAUUAGUAAUAGAAUUCUUUAUGAAUAUUUGAAUAAUUUUGUAUCCAAAGAUAUUUUUAGACGCGACGAUAUAACUCUUAAGAAUCUUAACUUUGUUGAAACAAACUUGAAAAAUGAUAAGGAUGCUGAAAUUAAAGAAAAUAGUGAUACACAAAGCGUUGAUGAUAAUAUGUUUCAAAGGGUGUAUAAAUUUGUUUUGAAUUUUUUUUAUGGAAAUAAGAAAAAUCGUAUAAACAAAUCCAUGAACUAUGGAAGAUAUGAUAAUUUUAAUAAAAUAAAUGAUAUUUUUGAAUUUAUGAGAAACAAUGGUUUACCAAUUAAUAUAACAUCAGUAUGCUUAAUAGACACUGGAUUAAAUAUUAAGGAUGAGUUAAUUAACUAUUUUUUAAAUCAUGAUAUUAGCACAUAUAAUAGUUAUACAUAUCAUUCAGUUAAUAUAAAUUAUAAAAAACCUGAUUCAUUUAAUUUGGGAGUAAAUAGCGAAAAUUGUGAUGAAGAUAGUAAUUCUGAAUGUGAGUCUACAUUUUUGGAGAAUCAUAAUGGGUAUGAAAAAUAUGAAGAUAGAUCAAAAAUCCAAGGCGAUACAUUAAAAUUGAUAGAAAAAAAAUAUGAAAAAAAUGUGGAUUUACAAAAGAGUGGUAUAAAUGUAGAAAUAUGCAAAACAUUUGAUAAUAGUAAGGAAAAAAAAAAUGAUUCGAAUAUAAUUCCUGUAAUUAAAUGUCUAGAAUAUUGUAAAACAAAAAAUGUAAAAAUAAUUCAUAUAGAUUAUAAUAUAAAUGAAAAAAAUGAACAAUUAAUGCAAAUUAUAGAAGAUUUAAAAAAAUCGGAAAUAUUCGUAGUUUUACCAUCGAAAAAACUAUUUAAUGAAAAGUCUCAUGGAGACAAUUCUGUAAUAUAUCCAUUUCCAUUUUUUGAAGAUUUUGAACAUUUUGAAAAAUUUGAAAAAUUUGAAAAUGUUUUUUUUUUGGACAGUAUAAAUAGUAGUUUAAAAAAAGGAGAUGACCAUGAUAUGUUAGAUUAUGAAAUUAGAUAUAGUUCAGCAUUUUUUAUAAAUAUAAUAACAAUCAUUCUAAAUAUAUAUCCCAAUAUAUCUAUUAAAGAGUUACGAAAUAUAUUAAGCUAUUCAAUACUAUCGAAAGAAACGCCAGAAUUAAAAACAGAAAAUAUUUUUGAAGGUAACUUUGACAUAAAUAGAUUUAUUCAUAUUUUAUUAAAUAGGGGAAUAAUUUACUCUGAUUUUGUUCAAAAAUAUGAAGAUGUAACACCGAAUGAGCCCACGAAUAAAACAUCUGUUUUAGAGGGUCAGGAAGAUGGUGAGAUAGAACCACAGACCGAUUCCUCUACUGAUAUAUACUAUGAUGAAGAUGGUUCUGGUGAAGGUGGUUCUGAUGAAGGUGGUUCUGGUGAAGGUGGUUCUGGUGAAGGUGGUUCUGGUGAAGGUGGUUCUGGUGAAGGUGGUUCUGGUGAAGGUGGUUCUGGUGAAGGUGGUUCUGGUGAAGGUGGUUCUGGUGAAGAUGUAUUGAGUACUUUGAAUGAGUUGGAUGACUAUAGUGAGGAUUCCUAUAGCAAUAAUAAGAGUGAGCAGUUAUUAGAGGAUGAAAAUGGGCUUGAAGAUGAGCCGUUAUUAGAGGAUGAAAAUGAAUUUGAAGGUGAGACUUCCAAAGAUUUAUAUAGUGUUAAAGAAAACGAUAUUUAUGUUAUUGAAAGUAAGAAUCCAACUAAUAGCUCUUUUAUGCAAAUGAAUUAUGAUGAUAGAAUAAAAUCAAAAUAUGUAGACAAUUUAGAAGAUGCAAAUUAUCAAAAUCAUAGAGCUCAAUUUGAGAUAAAUAGAAAUGGCAAUAGAUAUCCUAUAUUUUCUGAAGACAAUUUAAGAGAUAGACAAAAUACGCAUAACAUUCAGAUGGUAAACGAUGGUAUAAAUUAUUCAGAAAAUGGAAGGAAUAUAGAAGAAUUAUAUGAUAAUGAUUUUGAAGGUUAUAGAGGAAAAAAUUUAAACCCCGAGUAUAAUAAUAACAAUAAUAAUAAUAAUAAUAUAAAUAGAGAAUUCGGAAUUUUAAAUUCUUGGAGAAAAAAUGAUGAGGGAUUAUAUUUGAAUGAUAAUGAAGAAGCUAGUCAGCCAUUUGAAUGGAUGGACAUGCAUGCAGAUGAUAUAUAUCAAGAUCGAAAAAAACGAUUAAAGGAAAAUAAUUAUGAUAAUAAGAAUGGAAGAGGAAGAAGAAUAGAUGAAGAUAAUAAACGAGGUAGAUAUAUAAAGAAUCGAAAUAUGCAGAAAAAAAAAAAAUUUGAUCGUGAUGUAAAAAAUAAAAGAUAUUUAAAUAGAAGAAGGAGUAAAAGACAGAUCAGUAAGAAAAAUAAAAGGAUUAUGAGAGAAAAAAAAAAUAAAUAUAAUAAUAGUAUACUAAAAAGAAAUGAAAUGAAAUCACAUAAUAAUCCACAAAAAAGUCCCAAAAUAAUUCCAAGAAGAUAUUCUAGAUAA